AUGGACUCCGAUGAAUUUAAACCAAUCAAUCCAAAGCCAUUUUUACACCAACUGAUAGACAAAGAUGUGAUAGUAAGUCUAAAGUUCAACAAGAUGCAAUAUAAAGGGAAACUUGUGUCAGUCGAUACAUAUUUCAAUCUUCAGUUGACAGAUGCAGAAGAGAUUGUCAAUGAUGUUUCAAGUGGUACAGUAGGGGAUAUAUUUAUCAGAUGUAACAAUGUGCUAUAUGUUGGAGAAGAUGUGGAAAAGUCCAGAAAACAAGAUGCUGCAGCAGUUGAAGACGUUUCUCAAAACACUAGCUCCGAAGUUGAGAAAACGGAAGUGUAA